CGAGGGCGCAUGAUCGGCACAAUUACGAGCGAGAGGUGACAUGGAGGCAUGGAGGGGCGAGGUGGGGGUGUGUGGGUAGCUCUUUAAAAUUGGGGUGCACAUCGAUCCCCAAAACCUCGGCACCUCUAUGGGUACGGUACAUGGAAGCACUGAAGAGGAUCCGUACAGUAUCAAUACAGUGUACUUUACUGUAUAAACAAGCCUAACGUAACGGUACCUAGUCUGGAUUGUUAGGAGCUUCCCAAGACCCGUCGGCCAUGCAACAACAGAAGCCGGGUAGAGAGCAGCAACUCGGGCGGGAACUAUCAUAUUCCGACUUCUAGGAUCUGAGGCCGACGUCCAUGUCGUCCAUUGCCCUCCAUCCCCCGACGGGUCGAGAGCAGGCCACGCCGAGCCCCUUACCGCGGCUUCUCCAGACCCCGUCUGGCCUGGCAUUACUAGAGCUUCAGGGGGCCAUCAACAUACCCGGCUCAGUUAUCGCUGACCUGGUUGUCGAGCAAGGCGGCACCAGACCGGCGGUCCCGAUCGGGCGUGUCAUUUUCCCCGACUAUAACCCCGACGCCCUGGACCCCUCCAGCACGUCGUGGAUGAAGCGAGUCUACCUCUACGUCGGCCAGCACCAGCGUCUCACCGGCGAGGUCAAAAAGCUGCCCAAGCCUCUCGCCGUCGUCCGCCGCCGUGGCGGCCGAAACGAGUCACAGGACGAGCCUGCCGAGGAGCUUGAGGUCGUCGAGAUUGUCAAGUACAAGAUUGUGUUCUCGCAGCGGCCAGAGCCGGUAGGGGCAGAAGCCUCAUAGUCGUCGAGGAUUCCCCCUUCACGAAUGACCCGCGACACCUUACCAUCACUCACGAAGUCAAGGAUUCGUCUAGCCAUUGGUGAUGGUUAAGAGUCUUCUCCAGAGGCAUCAAGACUGCCACUGGCGUCUUCGCAUCUUCCCGUGGAAUUAACG